AUGGGCAAGCCACCGCCACGAUGCAGCGCCUGCAAUGCAGAGGCGCGCGUGCGUGGACCCAAGGCGCUGCGCGCGUGUGGAGUGUGCAAGCGGUGUUACGACGAGCGGGCAAAGGCCAAGGCUGCCGAAGCCAAGGCCGCCGCGCCACUGCCGCUGAGUCUAACCCUGCCAAAAGGCGCACUAGAGCUGCGCUUUCACAAGAGCUACGCCUAUGCGCACAACAGCGUGCGGCCGGUGACAUGCGCCAUCACGCUAGCCUUGG